ACAAACAAACAGCUGCUUAAAUGUUGCUGUUUCCUUUUUUUACUCAGGGAGGACGUUUUCGGUCUUGUCUGCUUUUAGGAUUCCUUCUCAAGAAAAUGGAAAAGUAAGCCACAAGACGUCAAAAGGAAAUAAUUGUCAACCAAAAUGGAUUUCAACUCAUGGAACAAGUUUUGGAGUUCGGUUUUUGGACUCUUGGCGGUACUGAUAGUUUUGUGCAAUUUCUUUACCAUCUGGGCAUUCCACAAACAGAGACGUCGCAAACGCACCUACUUUCUACUAAUCAGUUUAGCUGUUACUGAUUUACUGGUCGGAUUAUUAACAAUUCCAUUUUUUAUAAAAAACAGCAGCAUGGAAAGUUCACCCUCACUGUGGCACGUGUCGACUUCGUUUGACGUUUUUACUGGUUUAACGUCCAUCUACACACUUGCAGUAGUUUCCCUGGAGAGAAUGUUUGCCACCAUAUGGCCUCUACGUCAUAGAACUCUGACAUUUUGUAGUUACAUCUCUGCCAUUGCCAUACCGUGGGUAUCAGGGGCAAUAUUCACUCUUUUAAUGAUUCUUCACUUCAACGAGAUAGAACUACAAAGUUACAAUAUUCUUCUAAUAUUAUUCCUGGUCACGCCAUUACUAACUAUUUGUGUCGCUUAUCUUAGUAUUUGGAUAAAGCAGAAAUCGACAAAGGGAGUUCGAAAUCACAGAGCUGCAAGAGAAUCCAAAUUAGCCAACACGUUACUUUUGAUUACAGGAGCCUCUCUUUUUACUUGGACUCCAUUUCAAAUUUCCCAGAUUUUGUUAGUAUUUGAAGGUUUCCGGAUUCCCCACAUAUUGAUUUACCUUAUCAAGCUUUUACAGUUCAGCAAUUCACUUGUCAACGUGCUUAUUUAUCCGCUAAGAAUGCCAGAUUUUCAGACAACUCUCAAGAACAUAUUUCAGUGUAUUAGGACUCGAAGAUCUACAAUUGGGCCUUCCUCUCAAGCUAUUCAUUUGAAGAGAAUCGCAUAUUGCGAUGCUAAAUAGGAAAUUUUCACUCAGGGAAGGGUAUAGUUAGAUUUUCCGUGAUGUUGUGAAUAACCAAAAUACGCAAUUUGAUUAUCCAUGAGAAAUCUCUGAUAUUAUUUCUUUUUUGAUAAAGUGACCUCAAACGCUAUGGGUGGUUUCAAUUGAAAUAAACUCCACUGCUAUGAUUUGGAGAGGCACGGAUUUCUUAGAUAUCUCAGGCACGUGUUUUUGUCGUUGUUGUUGUUGCUGUUUAUU